AUGGCAGCUGUAAUGGCUAAUGUUGAGAAAUCGGAAGAAAAAUUGCCUGAUAAAGAGUUCGCUCACGAAAUAGACGAUGGGGAGGCGGAAGAAGGAACACCUGAUGCCUCGAAAAAGAAGAGAAGAAAAAAGAAGAGAAAAGAAGAGGCUGCAGCAGCUACUACAGAUGCCACACAAGGCUAUAUCCAGAGACAAGAUGAGGACAAAAUAGAACAACGUUUGAGGGUGGCACAUACUAGCUGUGAAGAUGGUGCUAAGGAUGGCAAGACGAAGAAAAAGAAGAAGAAAAGAAUUGUUGCAACAAAGGAAAAAGGCAACGACAAUGGCAAGAAGGAAGAGCAAAUAAAGCAGACGGACCCACCAUCCAUACCUAUUGUAGAUCUUUUCCCAAAUGGUUGCUAUCCCGUAGGACAAUGUAUGGACUAUCCCGUUAUAGGUGACUAUCGUACUGCUAGGCAACGUGUCACUUCAGAAGAACAGAAAGCAAUUGACCGCAUGAACGUUGACAUUUAUAAUGAGUUUAGAAUAGCUGCAGAAGCUCAUCGACAGACUAGAGAAUACAUUCGGCGAUGGAUGAAACCUGGCAUGACUAUGAUACAGAUUUGUGAGGAACUUGAAUCAGUAGCUCGCAGAUUAAUUAAGGAGAACGGUUUGAAGGCAGGUCUGGCCUUCCCUACUGGAUGUUCUCGCAACCAUUGUGCAGCUCAUUAUACGCCAAACAGCGGUGAUUCUACUGUUUUGUUAUAUGACGAUGUUACAAAGAUAGAUUUUGGAACUCACAUUAAUGGUCGAAUAAUAGACUGUGCGUUCACAUUGACUUUCAAUCCAAAAUAUGAUAAACUUGUUGAAGCUGUACGAGAAGCAACAAAUACUGGAAUAAGGUGUGCCGGUAUUGAUGUUCCACUUUGUGAUGUUGGUGCUGAGAUCCAAGAAGUUAUGGAGUCUUACGAGGUAGAAAUUGAUGGUAAAACAUAUCCAGUAAAAUCAAUUUGCAAUCUUAACGGCCACUCCAUAUCACAGUACAGAAUUCAUGCUGGAAAAACAGUGCCUAUAGUAAAAGGUGGUGACGCUACACUAAUGGAAGAAAAUGAAGUGUAUGCAAUAGAGACAUUUGGCUCUACUGGUCGUGGUCAGGUCCAUGCAGAUAUGGGAGUUUCUCAUUACAUGAAGAAUUUUGAUGCAUCACCCGGUCACUUACGGUUGCAGUCCUCACAGUCAUUACUGAAUACAAUAAACAAGCAUUUUAGCACACUAGCAUUUUGCCGUCGCUGGUUAGAAAGAGUUGGUUGUACUAAAUAUCAUAUGGCUUUGAAGGAUCUGAAGGACAAACACAUAGUUAAUGCAUAUCCACCACUUUGUGAUGUUAAAGGAUCAUACACUGCACAGUUUGAACAUACAAUUUUGUUGCGUCCAACGUGCAAAGAAGUUGUAAGCCGGGGUAGUGAUUACUGA